AUGAAUUUUACAAAAGAACAAGUUGUGGUGGCAUCUUCUAUCAAUCCUUUCGACAACUUUUACGACGACCUACAACAAAUUUACGAUUUGAAAAUAUUGCAUCAUUUGAGUUCUGCAUUGAAUUUAAACGUAACGUUUCUCGAAACGCCAUUAAUUACGAAUUUACAAAAUUACAAAAAAGAACCUGAUUUAUGGAUAUUAGAACAAAUCGUUAAUGGAAGUGCUCAAAUUUCUUCAACUACUAUUAUCAUAACAAACGAAACAUCAAACGCUUUACGAUCUUUGAGAGAUGAAAAUUACAUAUAUUGGGCGCCAUUUUCAAUACACGUUUGGUUCUGCAUACUUUUCCUCUGUUUAACGCUUACACUAGUUUUAACAUUUAUACUUCGGAGAGAAUCGAAAUUACCACACAAAAUAUCUUAUGAUAUUUUUGCCAGAUUGAUUGAUGUACAAGAAGACGGAGAUGAGAACAAGUAUGGAGAAUUACCCAAAACAUCUGAAGAAUCAUUACAUCAGAGAGAAAAAUGGGAAAUGAGUGAAAUUUUAUUAGUUUGUCUUGGUGCUUUUUGUCAGCAAGGUUCUGCCAGGGAUCCCAGCACUCAUGCUGCAAGAAUAAUUCUUUUAGUUUUUUUUUUACUUGCUGCCAUAUCAUACACUGCUUAUUCAGCAUCCAUCAUUAGUUACAUAUCUUUUUUACCAUCAAUUGAAAAAGAAAAUGUUUUAAAUAAGGAAAAUUUUAUUAGGGAAAAUAAUUUGGUAUUACACAGAACUAGAAAAAUAAAAAAUAUUUUACAAUUUUUUAAUGGAGCGUUUAAUUAUGAAAUUGAUCAUUUCAGAUUUACUUUCAAAAUGUAG